AGCGAGGGUGUCGUGGGGAACUGUGUGACAGAGGAUCGUUGUACUCAUGGAUUGCCCUGACGGAUCUCCCGGGCACUUCAGGAACUUCAAGAAGGACGACUUCGAGGCUGACUGGAUAAAGGUGGCAGAAUGCAGAUUUAGUCAAGUGUACCAGGUCAAGCUCAAGCUCUGGCGGGAAAAAUGUGCCUUGAAAAGCUUUGAUGGAGCUUUGUGUGCCAACAACUUUUACAGGAGAAUUAUAGAUGAGGCGCACAAGAUUGCCAAACUGAAAUUCAAGUACAUCAUGUCCAUCUACGGACAGUGCAGUGAAGCAACCGCUGUUGUGAUGGAGUACAUGAGUAAUGGAUCCUUGAACAAUCUCCUAGCCAGCCACACUUUGAUGUGGCCAAAGAAGUUUCAGAUGAUUCAUGAGGCCUCCAUGGGUAUGAAUUUCCUUCACAGCAUGAAGCCUCCACUACUCCAUCUUAACCUCAAGACUUCCAAUAUCCUACUAGACGAUCACCUUCAUGUCAAGAUUUCAGAUUUUGGUUUAAUCUGUUGGGAGGAAGGCAUGAGCAAGAUGUUGUUCAUGGAGCGUCUGACAGCAAGAGGGAACAUAAGUUACGUUCCUCCAGAGACUUUCACUCAGUGCCUUGAUCCUCCAGGAACUACCUUUGAUGUUUACAGUUUUGGAAUUGUGAUGUGGGAGAUUUUGACCCAGCAGAAACCACAUGCAGGCUGCAGCGUGACCACAGUGCUCUUACAGGUGUCACAAGGUAAGAGACCCCACGUGGAGAUGAUACCUGAACCGAAGCCCCCCGAGUGUGAUCCGAUGGUCAGCAUCAUGAAACAGUGCUGGGACCAGGAUUACAGGAAGAGGCCACAGUUCUCAGACACUGUGAGGAAAACAGAGGCUCUGAGUGAAAUUAUGAAGAUCGCAGGACCGAUUCAGAAUGACAAAAAUGGUUACAAGAUCUCUUUGCCUGAGAUGCCUGGCUUUCCUUCAGAUAACCAGAAUGGCCAGGGUGGCAUUCUUUCUCUGCUAUCCAAAAAGGACUUUGGAAGUUUCAGGCAGUCUGUGAAAAAAGAGCAUGUAUACACACAGUUUUCAGGCAAAAAGAGUCUCCUUCACUACACGGUCGCCAGUGGUGAUUCGGAGAGUGUCGAGCAUGUCCUGAGUCUGGGUGCUGAAGUCAACUGCACGACUGCCAGAGGUUACACUCCUCUUAUUAUUGCUGCUCUGCACAGGUUUCAUGACAUCAUCUCUUUGUUACUGGAACAUGGUGCAGCUGCCACUCAAGGAGAUGAGGACAGGUGGACACCGCUCCAUUUUGCUGCUCAGAACGGCGAUGACAGGACUGUCCGUCUCCUUCUGGACAAAGGAGCUGUUGCAGAUGCCCAGGAAAAAACAGGUUGGAUGCCUCUACACCUGGCCUGCCAGAACGGCCAUGAGACAGUGGUGCGCCUGCUGCUUUCACGGAUGUCUCAGGAAGCUGUUGUAGAACGGGAGGAGGCACAGGGGAGGACACCGCUGCACCUCGCCUCCGCCUAUGGACAUCUGAAUAUUGCCAGGCUCCUUCUCGGUCAGGGAGCAGAUCCCAACGCUACUGACUGCUGUCUGUCCACUGCUCUUCAUUUAUCAGCUGAGCAAGGCCAUAACCGAGUAGUCAGAGAGUUGGUGAAGAAUGGGGCCAACACUGACAGUGCAGACAGCAGAGGAUACACUCCCCUUCACUUGGCUGCUCUGAAGGGUCAUACUGGCAUAUGCAGGCAGCUGUUGUCAAAUGGGGCCAGCCCGGACUUGAGGACCCUCCAAGGCUGGACCCCCAUGCACCUGGCUGCCAUGAGGGGACAUGAAGCUGCGGUGGGCCAGCUGGAGAGUCAGGGUGGUUGUGUGAAUGCAAGAGGUGAGAAUGGGUGGACUCCACUUCAUCUCGCCUGCCACCAGAGCGAGCCGGAAGUGGUGGCGAAGCUCCUGGCAGCCGAAGCCGACCCAAACUCCGCAGAGGACAGCGAGGGAUGGACCCCACUACAUGUCGCCUGCACCAGUGUCAGUUUCCCAAGUGUCCUCCACUUGAUAACACAUCAUGCAGAUGUCAACGCCCUAAACUCAAGGAAGGCGACACCUUUACACCUGGCUGCGCAGCAUGGCUGUGUGCCCAUUGUAAAAGCUCUGCUGCUUAAUGGGGCAGACAGGAAACUGCUGGAUUCCUCUGGAUCCACAGCUCUAAAUGUGGCCCAGCAGUGUGAAAAAUGUGAAAUAGUGCAACUACUGGAAAAGGGAUGUUAACUGUGAACCAGCAUGAAUGGAGGGAUUACAGUAAAAUGAAAACAUCUGUGACAGAGCUGGAAUAUUAUCCUCCUUUUGAGUGGGACUUUCAUUAAGAAGCUUAAAGCAAGAUAUUGAAGAUUUUAAAACAUACUGUAUUUAAAAAAGAAAGAAAGAUUUUUGCUCUCCCAAAUCCACAAAGACUCUUUGCUUCAUUAUCUUUUAGAAAAUGGAGUUUUUAUAUAUAUUUCACAAACCCUCCCUGUAGUUUGGAUUUUAGUCUUUUGCUAAUAAUUACUUUGCUACAAGUAAAGAGGUGCCACAGGAGAUCUUGCCAUUUAUGUCAAAUCAGGCCUUUCUAUUGAAAAUUAGAGUUAAACAUGGAAUUGAGCCAAUGCACAGGGCCGGAAUUGGGUGAAGUAGACUAUAAUGACAAAUAUAUUGAUUUUCCUAUUUCAAUCACCUUGCCCGCCUGCUUCUUUUGUGUGCUUUCGAGGUGGAUGGAAAAUGAGAGAAUUAAAGAGCCACAGUUAGGAUGACUUACGGAGGCAUUCAUUUGAUUAAACCUGUCAAACUUUAUGAAGGUAUUUCUAUAAUCCUCUGGCUGAAACACGGACGACAGAACUGCCACUGGUGCUUUGAACAGCGUCUAGUCAAAUCCCCUUGACUUUAAAUGCGUAUAUGUUAUAUGACAAGCCAAACUAAUUGAUAAUCAGUCAUUUUCUACAGACUGAAGGAAGCACUGCCCAGCUUGUGCCACACUCAUUUACCACAGUGACACCUUAUUAAAUGAAAAUGAAAUGCAUGAAUUCGGGAGCUGUAUUGACCUACACAUUAACAGGGUUUUUCCCCCGAACCACGAGAGACCAACUCUGAUGGAGGGGUAGGAACUGAAUCAAAUUACUGUAAAUGAACAGAGCGGAGUUAAACUGGACUCAGACUUGCUAAGGGAAUGUCUGCUGUGUCAUAUUUAAAUAGUUGUGUUAUUCUAAAUCCAUUUUGUACCCCUGUGAAUAUAUUAGGCAUCUGGUACUGUGUUAAGGUUGUCUCUCAGCCAUUUUUGAAUGUUUGUGUCAUGACAAUAUGAAACUAUCAGUGUUUUUCUAAUUCUUAGUGCAUUUAAAGUAUUGGAAAAAGGCAAUGCUUACUUUAUGUCUUGUCCUGUGUCUUUUCAUCUGACUGGUGCAAAAUAAAAACACACACUUAAACCAA